AUGAACUCUGUUUAUAAUCAUGGGUUAAAACAAACUCAAACAAUAACUAAAGAUCUAACUGAAUUUGAAAAGAAUUUAUCUACUUCUCCGUUAUCUUUACAAGGAGCUAUAACAACAUCAAUAACAGCAUUUAAAAAAACAAUUAAGGAAUAUCAAGAUUUACUCGACAAAAAUAUCACCAGUGAAACAUCAACAAAACAUGAAAAUAGAUUAAAAAAAUUUAAUUGUGAUUUAAUUGAUUUCCAAUCUAAAUUUGAUAAUUUAAAAAAACAAAGAGAAAUACUAGUUCAAGAAUCAGAUAAACAGGAAUUAUUAGGAAGAAGACACAUACAAACACAACCACAGAAUAGUAAUAAUAAUACAGAUAAUCCAUAUAAUCCAACACAACACCAACAACAGACUAUGUCAUAUAGAGAAGGCUUAUAUCAUGAAAAAUCAUCAUUAGAACGUGGGUCUCAACAAUUGGAUAAAAUUUUAGAAAUGGGUCAACAGGCAUUUGAAGAUAUUGUUGAACAAAAUGAAAUAUUGAAAAAAAUUCAAACUACUUUUGAAUCUAGUUUAGUUACAUUGGGAGUUAGUCAAGGUACAAUAAGGAGUGUAGAACAAAGAGCAAAACAAGAUAAAUGGUUAUUUUGGUUUUGUGUAGUAAUGAUGUUGGUUAUAUUUUAUUAUAUAGUUAAAUGGUUUAGAUAA